GUUUCUUCCUGAAUCUCAGAAAUUGCAAUCUUUCUUGGUAGAAGAAUGAAGUUGAAUUACUUUGGAAUCGUCGUCUCAAAUUUUAUGCCAAAAACCGCCAAGGUGCGCGUUGCAAAGGAAAAGUUUCACCCGGUUAUCAAGAAAUAUGUAACAAAUUACCAAAAUUACAUGGUACAGGAUGAUCAUGGAUGUGGAGUUGGUGAUGCUGUAGUUAUUCAGCCAUGCAGACCACGUUCUGCAACAAAGAGAUUCGAAAUUAUAAAGAUCCUACAAGAAGCUAACCGCGUUUCUUCAAAUGCCCUCUCAAGCUCAGAAGGGACCGCAGCCGACUCAAAAUCAUAAUAAAGCGGAGUUAAAUGGCUUCUAAAAGAUCUGCAUCACCAAAACUUACAUGUCAAUUGUUAUGCCUUUCAAAAAUUAUGGGAAAAGGGGUUUUGUAGCAUUGAGCAAGAAAAUGUGGCAUGUGAGUCAUUUAUCUUAUAGGUGAAUCAUUAAAUUAUAGAUGGCGGAAAGCAUUCUUGCCGUCUUUUGCACCUUGCUCUUGACUCUGAAAACUAAUCAUUACUCCACUCCACGAUUACAGUAUAUUGUAAUUCUUCUACUCUUGCAUAUUCAGGAUAAUUACGCAACCUUUUCGUACUUUAUACCUAUUCUCUGUGAUAUAGAUUUGAUUUCUAAUGAAGUAUGUUAAUCAACUCGAGUGUUUCUUAUGGACAUAAGUUCAAACAACCAACAACAACAAUGAAGCUGAAUGAAUAUGAAUUUGGAAGGUUAAACUUAAAAGAUGAAAGAAAAGUGAAAUGCUAUCCAAGGAAGCUACUUUGUAUGUAUAAUUAAAACAUCAACGUUUCAUUGGAUCUAGAUAGAAGGCUUAUAAUUAACUGAAAGAAAUACAAGAAUCUGUUGCUCUUAACUUAAUUAUUGAGACUUUUAAGACCCAUUUCAACGGCUGCGGAACCCCAGUCAUCACCAUGGUUGUGGCCGCCGUUAAGUCCGGCACGAUGCAAGGCUUGUUCUUCAUUUAAAACCGUCAAAAGUCCCAAAAUCACGGGAACGCCAGUGUCAAGGCCUAUUCGCAUGAGACCGUGCACAACAGCUUCAGAUAUGUAUUCAAAAUGCAUCGUGGAACCCUUGAUUAAGACACCGAUGCCAAUUACGGCAUCAUAACGGUUGCUUGCCAUGAAAGAACGAAUACCGACGGGCAAUUCCCAGCUCCCGGGAACGCUCCUGAUGUCAAUAUUCUCUGGUUUCACUGCAUGAUGAUUGAUCAUUUUGUCAACGGCACCCUUUACGAGAGGCUCGAUAGCUUGCAAGUUCCAGCGAGCAUGGACAACGAGAACUCGAAGAUCGGGACCCUAAGUAUGUUAGUACUUGUUUUUCUUGCUAUGGAUUUUAGAACAGCGUUCUUUUGACCGAUUUCAAGAUUUUUUCUCGGCGCUCAUUUUCUAAGGCACAGCUCUCUUUCAUAUAAAGAUAAAGAUGUUUUAUAUUCAAGAAGAAUUGACUUGGUUUUUCCGUUCAAGUGAACCCACAGAAGAUGCCUUCAAAUGUACCUAUAACUUACUUGAAUAUCAGAUGGAUUCGGUCCUUUAAUUCCUUCAAACAUUUUUAAAUACAACAAAAAAGGUGGUUAAAGCUGCGUGAAUAUGGUAAAAUUGGAAACACUUUGUCUUUAAAAUUGUGCUGAAAGUGAAGUUGAUCUGUUAAUAAGGACAAAGCGGUCUCCAAACCAGGAUGAUUUAAUAUGUGUUAAAAAUGG